CUCCCAACUGGCAGCAGCAGGAGGAUCCAGUCCGCUCCGCACCGACUCUCCAUGUUGAAGGGGAGCAACUUCUCCUCCAGCCGACUUCCACGGUCCGCCGUACCCCCUCGACCCCGCCGUCUGCUCACACAACCCCCGUGCUAUGACACUGGACCGGGGAGGAAUCCGUGGAACUGCCGUAUGAGCGCCUCGCUGGUCGACAGAGAGUGAGACAGGCUGCUCCAACAAAGGCUUCUGGAUGCUGUGUCUGCUGCGGCUCAGGUGAAAGAGGACGAGCCGGUUGUCAGGAUGAAGGAGGAGAAUUUGUUCCAUCGGAGGUUUUCUCUGUGCCCCAGUGCCACCUCCCCACCCAUUGACCCCCGCACCCUCACCCGGAACCUGUCUUAUGGAGGAGACAACGACCUCUACAACCUCAGUCCAGGCAGUGAGACAGACAGGAACGGUCUCUCCAUGCUGAGUAAUGAACUUAGUCCUGCCCAAUCACCAGGCAGCAAGUCUGAGUCCAGGAUGUUUAAUGGUGUUGAGAAGGUGCCCUCUCCCACAGAGAAACUGGCCCGGAAGGAGUCUCUCAAGGUCCAAAAGCAGAAUUACGGCAAGAGAAGAAGAGGGCAACUAAGAACUGUUCAGUGCACUCAAGGACCCCAGCGUGUCAUUAUGUCCAACUGGCUGAAGAUCCGUGGCUCGUUAAAGAGUUGGACCAAGCUGUGGUGUGCACUGAAGCCAGGAGUUCUUUUGAUCUAUAAGACCCCAAAAACAGAUCACUGGGUGGGCACCAUUCUGCUCAGCGCAUGCAAGCUGAUCGAGAGACCCUCUAAGAAGGAUGGAUUCUGUUUCAAACUCUACCACCCACUGGACAAAUCAAUAUGGGCUGUUAAGGGUCCCAAAGGAGAGAAUGUUGGCUCCAUCACGCAGCCUCUACCCAGCAACUACCUUAUCUUCAGAGCUGCCUCUGAGUCUGAUGGCCGGUGCUGGAUGGAUGCCCUGGAGCUGGCUCUCAGUUGCUCCAGUCUGUACAAGCUGACAGCCAAAGCUGGGAAAGAAGGAGAUAUCAGCACGUCUUCAGAGUCCUCCCAUAUCCUCCACCUUCUGCAGUCUACCGCACUCACAGACACAGAGCUACUACAAUUGAAUGACACAGUGCUGCUGGGCAAUCACCACAUGGAGCAUGACGGCUUUUCAGACAAAUCGGAGCGAGAAGCUCAUGACGACUGGGACACUACAGCCAAUGAGAACGGUGGAAGGCUGACAGAGGAGAGCGACAUGGACCAAUCAGACGAGCUGUCCCCCGGGCCACAGGCCACAGCCUAUGUAGAGCAGAGCACAGAGGAGAUGGCUGAGGCUGGGGAGGCGUCUCAGGUAGAGACUGUCUCAGAGGAGAACAAGGGUCUGAUCUGGACCCUGCUGAAGCAGCUGCGGCCGGGCAUGGACCUGUCCAAGGUGGUGCUGCCAACCUUCAUCCUGGAGCCACGUUCCUUCCUGGACAAGCUGUCUGACUACUACUACCACGCCGAUCUGCUCUCACAAGCUGCACUGGAGGAGAGUGCGUAUGGUCGAAUCAAGCAGGUUUUGAGAUGGUACUUGUCUGGUUUCUACAAGAAGCCCAAGGGUCUGAAAAAGCCUUACAACCCAAUCCUGGGGGAGACGUUUCGCUGCUGCUGGCUCCAUCCUCAGACUAACAGCUGCACUUUCUACAUAGCUGAGCAGGUGUCCCACCAUCCGCCCAUCUCUGCCUUUUAUGUCUGCAAUAGAAAAGAUGGUUUUUCUAUCAGUGGAAGCAUCUUAGCCAAGUCCAAGUUCUACGGUAAUUCUCUCUCAGCUAUUCUGGAUGGCAAAGCCAGACUGCUUUUCUUAAGCAGGGAUGAGGAGUACGUCAUCACCAUGCCGUACGCUCACUGCAAAGGUAUCGUGUAUGGGACUAUGACACUAGAACUGGGAGGGAAGGUUACCAUUGAAUGUGAGAAAACAAAAUGUUUCACAGAGCUGGAGUUCAAACUGAAGCCUUUCCUUGGAGGCCCUUGCUCUGUGAAUCAGAUCAGUGGGAAGAUCUUAGUUGGAGAGGAGCUACUGGCCACCGUUGAUGGUCACUGGGACAGUGAAGUGUUCAUUCACGAGAAGCACUCGGGCCAGCAGGAGACGUUGUGGAACCCAAGUGCAGAAAUUCGCAGCGGUCGACUCAAGAGACAAGUGGUGCAGAUAGACCAGCAGGGAGAGUUUGAGUCUGAAAGACUGUGGCAGCAUGUGACCAGUGCCAUCAUGGACCGGGACCAACAGCGGGCCACCCAGGAGAAGUUUGUGCUGGAGGAAGCACAGCGGAAAGAAGCCAGGGAGAGAGGAGACAAGCCCUGGAUCCCACGACUUUUCCACCACGACUCCGUCAGCUCCGAGUGGACCUACAGGCACAUGGACGCACGGCCGUGGGACCCGGAACAUUGUCUCGUUCAGUUUGAGAAGGACGGCGUGAUUCAGACGCACGAGAAAAGCCUGAGACAACACAACGGGCUCUCCUACAGCCACAGCUGGGCCAGCCAACAAAAGGCGGAGGUGAACGGAAAGCACCGGAAGGCCAGCAGCCAGCCGUCCAGCUGCAGCCAGAACACGGAGAGCAGCAGCACCACACCAGAACCCACACACGAGUCCUCAGACAACGAAGGCUUUUCCAACCAGUGUGCACGGUGCAGUCAAGUGGUGAAGGACAUCGCACUGAUAGAGGCUUCCAUCACAUCUAUACAGAAGACACAGCAGGAUAUGCAGAGGAACCUGGUGGCUCUGAGUCGUCAGCUGGCUCGUCAGAGGGCGACAGACGACAGCGUGUCGUUGACCGGCCGUCACUGUCUCAUCCUCUGCGUCCUGCUCCUCUCACAGCUCCUCCUCAACUACGUCUUCACCUGAGCCAGCUCCUCUGGGAGGAGUUUCCCCUCUGGCACUGAUCUGGAAACAGAGCCCUCCGAAAAGCACAGACUCCAAUCAGCAGAGGGUGACACAGACCUCAGAUCAGUGUCGGGAGGGCAACUUUUGCCCUUUGUUUCCUCUAGGAUGGGGAGGAGCACGGACAUUAUAGCAAUAAACACAGCCACAGCCACCGCCUGUCAGUCAUCUGCAGAGAGGAACGGCACCCCCUAGUGUAGCCAGACUGAAACAGCACCGGCACCCACGCACUUUGGACAGGAGAGGAGGGACGAGAGACGAGCACGGCUAAAAAGAUUUUAAAAUAAAAGAUGAAAUGUAUUAUGAAGAAUGAUUUUGCAAAAAGAAAUGACAGAGAGGAUGUUUCACCAUUCCUUAGUGUCUUUUUAUAUUGCCCUGCAAUACUGUGUAUCUGUGAGUGUGCCUGUGUGUGUGUGUUGUUCGUACCUACAGUAGGCCCUAUGGGCGCAGGCUGAUCACCGCUUGGACUUCUCCUUCUCCCCUUCCACUCCAGAUUCUGGGCCUUAACGCUGAAGCCAAAAAAGAAGAAGAAGAAGAAAAACACUAGAUAUACAAACGAAGAAGGAAAAUCUUCUAAACAGUGCAAUUGUGUGUUUUGUAUCGACAUACGCUAAAAUAACAACUCCGUCUUGUCUUUUAACGAUGAUGAUUUUACCAAAACAGUAUUUAUAAUCCGAAAGGACAAAGAGUACUUGUUUACAGAGAGCACUGCAUGUGUUUGUAGUGACACAUGGAAGGAAGGAUAAUGGGAAGGAGGCAGGGCAGAGAGCCAGAGUGUCUUUGUAUCUGUGUGCCUGUAGUGCUGUAACUGAAGGGAUGGUAGAAUAGCGCUGCUUUAGUCUGGACCAUGACACUAGUGUGUACAAUCAGUUACAUGAAGAAGCGUGUUCAGGAAAGGACAGAGGGAGCAACUGGUGAAAAAAUAAGAAACAAAUCUGGCCUAAUAAUUGAAGGGGAUUGUGUGCAUGUUGGUUCACACCAUGUUCAAAUGACUGUUUUAGAUGUAGGCUAAACACUUAGUAAGGAGUUGUUUUUUUCAUUUAAUCAGUUUGUAUAUACUUGUCUGGUAGUCUGUUUCAAAAAGAGAUUUCAGAAUGUAUUUAUUAUGUCGCUAACCUUGGCUUUCCUAAUCUGAAUCAGCUUGGAGGACAGAGACCAGGGGUGACAAUCGCUCUCCCAGAGGUUUUGUGGGUUCGUCAUUUUAUGUGUGUGUGUCAGUGUAAUGGAGUGUGUGUGUGUGUGCGUGUGCGUAUGUGUGUGAAUAAGCCAUUACAGUCAUGCUUAAACAAAGCCAGGUCUGUGAUCUUGGUGUUUUUUUAUUAUUUCCUGGUUUUUAAGUCCUUGAAUUUCAGUCUCAUUGCCAGUACUGAUCUACCGGAGAGCACAAGAAGGAAGUCGACUCUUUGAAUGCUUUUCUUUACACCUUAAUUUGUUUAUUCUUUUCAUUAUUAUCCUGUUUUCUACUCUGUUGCCAUGUUGCGGGGAUUCUACAUGCCAGAUGUUUUUGUCAUAAGGAACAAAAACUACAGAUAAAAUGAUGAUGCCCGAUGUUUUCAUUCAUACCUGUUGCAUACUGUAGCACUACAGUAAAAGGUUUUAACCCUGA